UAAAAGAAGAUUUUUUAAAUUUAUAAACAUUGAAUCGAUGUGAUACUACAGUCAUCAAUCUAUGGGUUUUUAAACCUGAGCAAGGGAUCGCGCGCGCGUGUGCUUGUGUGUGAGUGUGUUUGUAUCGAAAAUACGUCUUGAAAUUAUCAAAUCGUUUGUUCUUGAAUCUAAUUGACUGUCUUGUCGGACAUUGAAGUAAGCAUUUACAGUUACUUGUCUUAUGUGAAGGAUCAGCCCAAUGCUUUUAUCUUGAAUUAAUGGAGGUCGCAAAAUUAUGUGUUUAGUGAUUAUACACGGUGAAUUACUUUUCUCUUUGUCUUUUUUUUUUUUUUUUCGCAAGACAAAUAAUUUGUCUUGUCUUAUACGCAACCCAGCCCCAAUUUGGGUAUUGAAUGAAUAGAACAUAUCCUGUGCAGGUUACUUGUCUUAUGUGAAGGACCUGUUCAAUGCUUUUAUCUUGAAUUGAUGGAGGCCGGAAAUUAUGUAUUUAAUGAUUAUACAUGGUGAAUUGCUUUUGCUGUCUUACUUCCUGUAAGACAAAAAUUGUUUUGUCUUAUACGAAACCCAGCCCAAUCUGUGUAUUGAAUGAAUAGUACACAUCCUGCGCUGAAAAUUGUGUGAUGUCAAUUACAUAAUUAACGUUUUUGUACUUGGUUAAUGAUUUCUUCCUGUUUACCUUUUUAUCAGAAAACUGGCUGUAAUUGCUAUAUUGUUGGUGACUUCCUGAAAAAAAGAUUUGUCGGGUGUGGUUAUGUUUUUUGUAGGCGCGGCUUAAACGAGUUGUCUAUAGACACAGGGCUAUAUAAUCGCACAUUUUCUUGCAUCGAGUAAUACCGACUGGCGUGCGAGGCACCUUGCAUCACGUUAGAGAGAGAGAGAGAGAGAGAGAAAGAGACGACUCAGCAAUGUUGGUUCAAGCGACAACGGUGAUCAACAGCUCAGACACUGAGAUUUUGACAUCAACGUUAGGACUUCCUGAACUGUUGAACGAAUCUGAUGAAGAAGGACUUCCUGAACUGUUGAACGAAUCUGAUGAAGAAGGACUUCCUGAACUGUUGAACGAAUCUGAUGAAGAAGGACUUCCUGAACUGUUGAACGAAUCUGAUGAAGAAGGACUUCCUGAACUGUUGAACGAAUCUGAUGAAGAAGGACUUCCUGAACUGUUGAACGAAUCUGAUGAGGAUCAACAAUACAGUAAUCAGCCUUUCAACACAACUUUGUAUCCCUGUAUUCCAAAGAAAUUAUACCGUAUACACUCGACUGGACAUUCUGUGGUCGCGGUUGACAACUUUGAAGACAUCAGGACUUACCGCGGGAUUGCAAAGUGUUUGGUACUGCCACCACAAGAUUUGACAAAUCCUAUUUUGUCAUAUAUGGUAGGAUAUGAACUGAUGUACCCAUUGUGUCAUACGUGUUCAAUUAAUGGACAAACCAUAUGUAACCAUAACGAUGACGAGCGAUCACUUUUUGGUGAAUGGCUAACUGCAGAGCUGAUAGAAGCUAUAAAGGUGGGAUACAAAGUCAUCAAAAUCUAUGAAGUCCAUCACUUUGAAAGUAGUCCAGAUAAGUUGUUCAGAGAGUACAUUGACACAUUUCUUAAAAUCAAGCAGGAAAGCCGCGGCUGUCCCGAAUGGGUUACUAGCACGUCUGUAGAAGAGGGUUUAGAUGAUAAUGAUACUAUGAGUAACGAGGUCAAAUAUUUUGAUGUACACAAAAUGUAUCCCUAUACAUGUUAUGAACCAAAGCAGGAAAGGAGUGACAGGACCGAUGAGAAGAACCCAGGUCUGCAUGCGUUAGCAAAGCUCUUCCUUAACUCUUUCUUUGGCAAGUUUAGCCGGGGAAACAACAUUGCAUAAUCUGAGUAUG